AUGGUCAAGCUGGCAGUGACAGGGACCAGUGUUAAUGAUCCAGGACAUCCAGACUACUGUCCAUCUAUUUUUCCAAGUAAUAUGACAGCCCAAGAAAACUGUUCACAGAGGGUGCAACGUUUUGAACGUGCAGCUAAGAGAUGUUUUACAGAAGAGAAUGGAUCACACCCAACAAAGAAAUUGAAACAAACAUGUAUGGAUGAAGACAAAUCCAAGGAAUUUACUGCAAAUUUUGAUGGUCGAGGUGACCUUGAGGAAGAUCUCCAUGAAGGCAUCCAACCAGAGGACAGUGUUCCAAGGACAUCAAUUAAAACACCAUUGGAAAUGACAGAAAGAGAGCAGUUAUACGAAGAAAUAAGCUCUUUGAGACAUGAAAGAGACGAAGCACUGUCACGAAUUGCAAGUUUGGAAAAGCUACUUACAUUAACAGCACUGAGUACAUCUUCCGUAGAAGGCAAUGAUGAGGCCUGUAAAAUGAUGACUGGUCUCUCAUGGAGUGUUUUUAUGUGCUUAACUACUGCAAUGAGUGCCCUUUUCCCUCCAGUUAAAAAAGGUAGUUUACCCUUGAAAGAGCAACUAUUCGUGACACUGUUAAAAUUGAGACACAAUCUCACCUUUGAAUUUUUAGCUCAUAUUAAGGGAAUUCCAAAGACAACAAUGAUUGACAUUUUUUGGAAGUGGAUUGAUAUGCUCUAUUCGAAACUAAGCUUCACAAUUGCUCCAACAGACAGAGAACAUAUAUUUCGUAUAUUGCCUGAAGUAUUCAAAGAGAAAUUUCCCCGGUUGACGUCAAUUGUGGACUGUUGCGAAAUAUUUAUAGAGACACCACAGAACCUCUUAGCGCGUGCACAAACUUAUAGCAGCUACAAAAAACACACAACGAUGAAAUUUUUUAUUUCCUGUAACCCGCAUGGCCACAUCAACUUUUUAUCUAAAAUGUGGGGUGGCAGAGCAUCUGAUGUGAUGAUAGUGAGAGAGUCUGGUUUCAUGGAAAGUACACAACACAUGCCCCAUGACCAGAUUCUCGCAGACAGGGGAUUCCUCCUUCAUGACGAGUUAGCAACACGAUGCAGUGCUCAGCUCCUCACACCAGCUUUCACAAAAGGCCAUAGCCAAAUGCCAGGCAUUGAACUUGAGGGAUCAAGUAAGGUGUCCUCAGUAAGGAUCCAUAUUGAAAGAAUAAUAGGUCUCCUUAAAAAUAGAUACACUAUCUUGAAAGGCACUUUACCCCUGAGAUGUGUCAAAAGUAUUAAAGAUGAAAGUAUGGAAGCUGCAAUAGCAAGUGGUGAUAAAAUAGUCAGAGUGUGUGCAGCUUUGGUAAACCUAGGUCCAUCCAUAGUGUUUAAGUAGUCAUGUAACUGUAGUAAAGUAUUAUAUGUGUUUUGAUGCUUUGCAUGUGACCAUUAAUAAUGCAGCUGCUUAGUAUGCUCAUGUUACAAGAAUCCUCAGACGGAAUGCUAGACAAAAUUUUGAUACAACUUGAUUGCUUAUCUUAUUGUAGCUUGUUGAUAGAUUAUGA